CAUUGAAUUAUUAGUGUCAAAGAAAGCACUUCAAGUUAGAAAUAAUAUUUUAUAAAGUGCGUCAAUCAAUCGGAAAUAAACAUGAAGCGGUCCGCUUACGAAGUGCAACGGGAUUUUGCGCUGAGCAGCGGAUUUCACUCGGAAAUAAUUUGGGACUCCCUCGCCCCCGAGCAGCCGGAUGUGCUGCGCCAGAAGAUUGCCAAUCUGAUAUGCCAGAUGGAGGACGAGGACGAGGACGUGGCGACGACCGGCCGAACGAGAAGCAACAAGUUGCUGGCCAAGCAGCGCCAGCAUCUGUUCGAGAAUGUUUGGAAGCAGCGCACCUACACAAAUCGCACGCUGCUCUCGGCGAUUAUCUAUGUGCUGGUCACUCCUGAGACGGAUGCCACAUUGGCGCUGCAAUCGACCAACUACAGCUGCCAUCCAGUGAUAAGGACGCGCAAGUGCGUACGGGCUGAUGGUGGUGGCAACGAGAGCUCCAGCGAUGGCUGCUGCAUGAUCUUCAUUGAUGAGCACGGACGCGUCUAUGCCAACUGGCAGCGGUAUGUGCGCAACAAUGCCCUGCCUCGUGGCACCAUGAUAGCGCCCCACAACGGUGUCUACACUUUCACCAAGCUCACUGACCAGGAACGAGAGCAAGUGCAGCUGAUGGUGCUAUCGACACCAGCGUCGUGGCUCAAGCAGAAGAUGCUGCAAGUCAGCGACAAGCUGGUCACAGUUGGUGGCAUUGUCGCCACGGUGCCGGUGGCUGCCACACUGGCACUGCCCGUCGCCGCACCCAUACUGAUUGCAGCCACAGUUGUUGGCGUCUCCACGGCUGCCUAUAGCACCGUGCGGUCCGCGUCGCGGCUCAUCGAUCGGCGCUGGCACGGCCAGACAGUAUCGCUGGCGGACAACGAGGCGCGCUCCAGCUGGCUGGGCGUUGCCGGCGGCGUUGCUGGCCUGGGUGCGACGAGCGCCAAUACGGCGCUAAGUGUCCUUCGGGCGGGACGAGCCGGCCGGACUGCUCAGCUGGCGGUGCACGGCUGUAACGUGUCCUCAAUGGUGAUCGCCGGCACCGGCGUCGUUAGCGGCGUCUAUGAUCUGUAUCUCAAGAUUAGCGACGAGCAAUCGCUGAGCGGUUACGACGCAAUGCAAAUGGCAUCCAGUCUGCUAAUCUUUACGCAUUCGGUGAACAAUCUGCGCCUCGCCGUAAAGGCAACCAACGGACACAGUCUGCGACGCGUGGUGCGUCACCAGACAAGGAAGGUGUUCAGUCGCAUCAGCGAGGAGUCGGCCAAGCUGCACAGCAGCGACACAUCCCGCAAGCUGGACAUUGUACGCCUCAUCAAUGACAUACCCUACAAGGAGGUGCUCCUCAACUUGCACAAGAUUCAUUCGCAUCUGGCGGCUGGUGCCACAGUCGCCUUAGUUUUGGAUGCCGUCGGUGCCGCUGGUGUCCAGUUGCCCACUUUUGUUCGAUUGGCCGCCGGCGGUGGGCUCAGCCUCGAUCUACCGGCACUGGCCAGCCAGUUGGGCUGCAAGUUUGUAGGCCAGAUCGGCAGCCUGACCAGCUUUAUGGACGUGCUCGAUGGGAUGAGCCGUUACUUUAGCGAGCAGGCGAUGCAGCUGCUGCUCCAACUGACGCGCACCUUUGUGGAGCAGAGCGUGGACGGAAUUGAUCGCACCCUAAACACUUUUGUCUCCACAGAGCUGGUGCUCUACCGCAUGCUGAUGCACUGCAUCAACAACUACGAGAAUUGUGCCGUCGAUUUUCUCGAGCAACAUCGUCACGACAUCUUGGCCGUCAUCGGCAAGUACUUCAAAUCGCUCCAGCCCCAACCGGAGCCGGAACAGAAAUGCAUUAGGCGCAAGUGUCCCGCCUGCCAUGGUGUCUUCUAUAUGAGUCGUCUGUAAUGUCUGCAUCAUCUCCAUUUAAAUGUGAUUUCUCAUGUGACUUUUUGUACUGCCAUAUUUUAUUAUCUACAACUUAACAAUAAAUUAAAUAAUCUUCAAA